AUGUUGGGCAAAAAUGCAUGUAGUUCUGGUUAUGAUUUUGAAGUUCAUAUCCAUUAUGGUGCUGGAGCUUAUCGGUGCGGUGAAGAAACAGCAUUUUUGGAGAACCUUGAAAGAAAGGAUUUGGAAAGGAAGAAUAAUUUGAAAACAAAACUGUCUUGUGUCUCAGGCUAUGUAAACAAGCCUUACACAGUUGAUGGGGAGACGAGUAUACUACAAAAGGAGUUGAUAAAGAGGCAUUGUAGAGGUGUCAGAGGUGGAUGGAAUAAUAUACUUGCAGUAAUAUCAGGAGAUGAUCCAUUGGAUGUUGUUGGAUUGCUAAUUACAGAGCCAAUAAUAAAUGAAAUAUCCGAAGAUGAUGUUAAUGGCUUGAGUGAUCAAAUUCGCCAAUCAACAAAAGAGCUUAUUGAAGCGAAGUGUGAUUUAUAUAGCUCAGUUGGGAGUAAAAGUGGAUCUUUUAAAAGGUGGAAUGCAUGUAAUAGCUUAGAGACAUGA